GCCGUGCGCGGACGCCAAGAUGGCGGACGAUGAGGGCGAAGCGCGGCCGGGGGCGCGGAACGGGGCCGGGGAGGGUCCCCCGGGCGGGCCCCGCGUUGUCCGCAUCGUCAAGUCCGAGUCCGGCUACGGCUUUAACGUCCGCGGGCAAGUGAGCGAGGGCGGGCAGCUGCGCAGCAUCAACGGCGAGCUGUACGCGCCGCUGCAGCACGUCAGCGCCGUGCUGGGCGGAGGGGCCGCCGACCGCGCCGGGGUGCGCAAGGGGGACCGCAUCCUGGAGGUGAACGGGGUGAACGUGGAAGGGGCCACCCACAAGCAGGUGGUGGAUCUGAUCCGGGCCGGGGAGAAGGAGCUGAUCCUGACGGUGCUGUCGGUGCCCCCGCACGAGGCUGAGAGCCUGGAUCCCGGAGAGGAUUCCCUGGGCCAAUCCUUCUACGACUACACGGAGAAACAGGCCGUGCCCAUCUCCAUCCCCACCUACAAACACGUGGAGCAGAACGGCGAGAAGUUCGUGGUAUACAAUGUUUACAUGGCGGGCCGGCAGCUCUGCUCCAAGCGCUACCGGGAAUUUGCCAUCCUGCACCAGAAUCUCAAGCGGGAAUUUGCCAACUUCACUUUCCCACGGCUCCCCGGGAAGUGGCCCUUCUCCCUGUCAGAGCAGCAGCUGGAUGCCCGCAGGAGGGGCCUGGAGGAGUACCUGGAGAAAGUGUGCUCCAUCCGGGUCAUUGGCGAGAGUGACAUCAUGCAGGAAUUCCUGUCGGAGUCUGACGAGAACUACAAUGGAGUGUCAGACGUGGAGCUCCGCGUGGCGCUGCCAGACGUGACGACAGUGACGGUGCGGGUGAAGAAGAACAGCACCACUGACCAGGUGUACCAGGCCGUGGCUGCCAAGGUGGGCAUGGACAGUGUCACGGCCAACUACUUCGCCUUGUUCGAGGUGAUCAACCACUCCUUUGUGCGGAAGCUGGCUCCCAAUGAGUUCCCCCACAAGCUGUACGUGCAGAACUACACAUCGGCCGUGCCGGGGACGUGCCUGACGCUGCGCAAGUGGCUCUUCACGCCCGCCGAGGAGGAGCUGCUCAACGACAACGACCUGGCCCUCGCGUACUUCUUCCACCAGGCUGUGGAUGAUGUCAAGAAAGGCUACAUUAAAGCCGAGGAGAAAUCCUACCAGUUACAGAAGCUCUGUGAGCAGAAGAAGAUGGUUAUGUACCUGAACAUGCUGAGGACGUGUGAGGGCUACAACGAGAUCCUGUUCCCGCACUGCUCCUGCGACUCCCGGCGCAAGGGCCACGUGAUCACGGCUAUCAGCAUCCAGCACUUCAAACUGCACGCCUGCACCGAGGAGGGGCAGCUCGAGAACCAGGUGAUUGCCUUCGCAUGGGAGGAGAUGCAGCGCUGGGACACGGACGAGGAGGGAAUGGCCUUUUGCUUCGAGUACGCACGAGGGGAGAAGAAGCCGCGGUGGGUGAAGAUCUUCACCCCCUACUUCAAUUACAUGCACGAGUGCUUCGAGCGCGUCUUCUGCGAGCUCAAGUGGAGGAAGGAGGUGGAGGAGGAGGCAGCAGACCAGGAUAAUGAAAACUGCAGGAAUGACAGGAUGUGCAGCAAGAACCUUUUCCAGCUGGUCCGGUCACAGCAGAGGGACGCGGCCACUUAACCCCCCCUUCCCCCACCCGGUGUAAUUAAAUCCCCCCCAACUAAAUAUUAUUAAUUAAGGAAAACCUCGUUUGUGCCCGUCAUGUUCAUGGAAUUUCAGAGAAAACAGGGAAAACCAAGGCAGGGAAAACGCCGGGGGAAUGAUGGGAAAGGGGGAGGGGAGGAGCUUCUCCUUGUUUUUUUACAACUGGAAUUUCAAAAAAUGCGUCGUUUUCUGCGGGAAAAAAUCCCUCUGAAAGCUGUAAAAAAGAGCCCCUAAAAAGUUCAUUUCCUGGGGAUGCUCCAGGCCAGGAUCCAUGGGAGUCGUCCCUUUGGAUUUCCAGAGAGUGGCAGCACCUCUGGGAAGGGUUUUUUACCCCCAUUUCUCCUCCCAAUCCAUCACUAUUUGGAGAUUAAAAAGUCCGAAAAGGAAGUAGAAUCCCAGGGAAAAGCCUCUCCUGGCAGGGGAGGUUUUGGGGAGGUGAUCUGAUCAUGGAUCGGGUAGAGGAGCAAGGAGGCAAAAAAAAAGUUGAAAAAGGUGUUUUCCCAGCUUUUGAGCAGAAUUUUUCCAUGGCUUGGGGGAGGGGGAAAUAACCUGGAAAAUCCAUUUUUUCUGGAUUUGAGCAGAUUUUAUCCACAAUUCCAGGCAGCUGAGCAGCUCCCAGGAGGAAAACUAAGGUGGAAAAGCCAUUUUCCCUGGUUUUGAGCAGGAUUUUUCCAUGGCUUGGGAGGAAAAAUAUCCAGGAAAAGCCAUUUUCCUUGGAUUUGAGCGAGAUUUUUUCCAUGGCCCUGGAAAAACCGGGAAUGGGGAUGUUGGGAGAGGUUUGAGACCCCCCAACCCCCCCUUUGGGGCUCAGCAAUAACCCUCCCAGUGCUCCCAGUUUGGAUCCAGGGAAAACUCUUCCCCUCCUCAUCCCAGUUUUGCUGCCGUCCAAAACAUGGAUUUAUGGGAGAGAAUUCCAGGAGCUUUUGGGGUGUUUUUCAUUUGUGAGUCAGAAAAGUGACCAAAACCCCACCCAAAAUCCCAGAAAAAAGGGAGAAAUAAUGGAUAAAAAAUGGAUAAAAAAGCCCUCCCUCCCCCCUCCCCUUCUCCAGCUGCUCCUGCUGUUCCCAUUCCUCAGUUUCUUGGUCAGGAAAAGUCACUUUAGUGUAAUUAAUUGUAACAUAUUCUUUUAAAUAAAUUGAUUUAUUGAUGAAACUACA